GCGCGCUAGUUAAAAAGAAGAAGAAAAGAGGGAACGAAACAUGAGAGGCUGUGUGAGAAGCUGCAGCCGCCGGCAGAGGAGACCUCAGCAUCAUCUAGAGCCCAGCGCUGGCCCUGCCUCCGCCUGCCCCGCCGCCGCCGUCGCCGUUUCUGUUCCUGCUACUGUCCCACCUAAACAACUCCCGUUACACGGACAAGUGAACAUCUGUGGCUGUCCUCUCCUUUUCUUCCUCCUCUUCCAACUCCUUCUCCUCCUCCCACUUCCCAGCCGCAGCAGAAAGCCCCCAACCCAACUGACACUGGCACAACUGCAAACGGUGUCAUCCGCACAACUUUAUCUCGCUCCUCGGGCUCCCCUAAGGCAUCGGACCCAUCGCCGCGUCUUUUAUUUUUUGCAAAGUUGCAUCGCUGUACAUAUUUUUGUCCCCGCCACCUCCCUCUGUCUCUGGAGUGCCCUACAGCCCCGCAAACUCCUCCUGGAGCUGCGCCCUAGUGCCCCUGCUGGGCAGUGGCGUUCCCCCCCAUCCUCCCGCGCCCAGCCCCUGCUGCUCUGGGCAGACGAUGCUGAAGAUGCUCUCCUUUAAGCUGCUGCUGCUGGCCGUGGCUCUGGGCUUCUUUGAAGGAGAUGCUAAGUUUGGGGAAAGAAACGAAGGGAGCGGAGCAAGGAGGAGAAGAUGCCUGAAUGGGAACCCCCCGAAGCGCCUGAAAAGGAGAGACAGGAGGAUGAUGUCCCAGCUGGAGCUGCUGAGUGGGGGAGAGAUGCUGUGCGGUGGCUUCUACCCUCGGCUGUCCUGCUGCCUGCGGAGUGACAGCCCGGGGCUGGGGCGCCUGGAGAAUAAGAUAUUUUCUGUUACCAACAACACAGAAUGUGGGAAGUUACUGGAGGAAAUCAAAUGUGCACUUUGCUCUCCACAUUCUCAAAGCCUGUUCCACUCACCUGAGGGAGAAGUCUUGGAAAGAGACCUAGUACUUCCUCUGCUCUGCAAAGACUAUUGCAAAGAAUUCUUUUACACUUGCCGAGGCCAUAUUCCAGGUUUCCUUCAAACAACUGCGGAUGAGUUUUGCUUUUACUAUGCAAGAAAAGAUGGUGGGUUGUGCUUUCCAGAUUUUCCAAGAAAACAAGUCAGAGGACCAGCAUCUAACUACUUGGACCAGAUGGAAGAAUAUGACAAAGUGGAAGAGAUCAGCAGAAAGCACAAACACAACUGCUUCUGUAUUCAGGAGGUUGUGAGUGGGCUGCGGCAGCCCGUUGGUGCCCUGCAUAGUGGGGAUGGCUCGCACCGUCUCUUCAUUCUGGAAAAAGAAGGUUAUGUGAAGAUACUUACCCCUGAAGGAGAAAUUUUCAAGGAGCCUUAUUUGGACAUUCACAAACUUGUUCAAAGUGGAAUAAAGGGAGGAGAUGAAAGAGGACUGCUAAGCCUCGCAUUCCAUCCCAAUUACAAGAAAAAUGGAAAGUUGUAUGUGUCCUAUACCACCAACCAAGAACGGUGGGCUAUCGGGCCUCAUGACCACAUUCUUAGGGUUGUGGAAUACACAGUAUCCAGAAAAAAUCCACACCAAGUUGAUUUGAGAACAGCCAGAGUCUUUCUUGAAGUUGCAGAACUCCACAGAAAGCAUCUGGGAGGACAACUGCUCUUUGGCCCUGACGGCUUUUUGUACAUCAUUCUCGGUGAUGGGAUGAUUACACUGGAUGAUAUGGAAGAAAUGGAUGGGUUAAGUGAUUUCACAGGCUCAGUGCUACGGCUGGAUGUGGACACAGACAUGUGCAACGUGCCUUAUUCCAUACCAAGGAGCAACCCACACUUCAACAGCACCAACCAGCCCCCCGAAGUGUUUGCUCAUGGGCUCCACGAUCCAGGCAGAUGUGCUGUGGAUCGACAUCCCACUGAUAUAAACAUCAAUUUAACGAUACUGUGUUCAGACUCCAAUGGAAAAAACAGAUCAUCAGCCAGAAUUCUACAGAUAAUAAAGGGGAAAGAUUAUGAAAGUGAGCCAUCACUUUUAGAAUUCAAGCCAUUCAGUAAUGGUCCUUUGGUUGGUGGAUUUGUAUACCGGGGCUGCCAGUCAGAAAGACUGUAUGGAAGCUACGUGUUUGGAGAUCGUAAUGGGAAUUUCUUAACUCUCCAGCAAAGUCCUGUGACAAAGCAGUGGCAAGAAAAACCACUCUGUCUCGGCACUAGUGGGUCCUGUAGAGGCUACUUUUCAGGUCACAUCUUGGGAUUUGGAGAAGAUGAACUAGGUGAAGUUUACAUUUUAUCAAGCAGUAAAAGUAUGACCCAGACUCACAAUGGAAAACUCUACAAAAUUGUAGAUCCCAAAAGACCUUUAAUGCCUGAGGAAUGCAGAGCCACGGUACAACCUGCACAGACACUGACUUCAGAGUGCUCCAGGCUCUGUCGAAAUGGCUACUGCACCCCCACGGGAAAGUGCUGCUGCAGUCCAGGCUGGGAGGGGGACUUCUGCAGAACUGCAAAAUGUGAGCCAGCAUGUCGUCAUGGAGGUGUCUGUGUUAGACCGAACAAGUGCCUCUGUAAAAAAGGAUAUCUUGGUCCUCAAUGUGAACAAGUGGACAGAAACAUCCGCAGAGUGACCAGGGCAGACAUCACCUAGAUGAAACACCUUUACCCUGUCCUGUAAAACACUAAAGUUACAUUUUUCACCAACUUAAUUGGAAAGAAGGGGAGUGAGAAAGCAAACAGUCUUUAAUGUGCUGUGGAUCUAAUCUAGCAAGGUAUCCUUGUGCCAACAUGUAAUCAUUAACGACGGAUGAAAAAGCAAGAAAACAGCCAAUCCUUAUAAAAUUCCAGCAUUAAACAUUUGUAAAGUGCUUUUCACCAUAGCAAGACUGUCAGAGUCUAUGUUAUUAGAAUGUUGCAGAUUUCCACUGAAUCGAACCUCACUGGAGAAGAGCUCACUUGUUUUUAAAAAUCUUGGCUAUGUAAGCUGUCACCUGUACAAAUUUUUAACAUAAUAAUUCUUGCCAAAUAUGACUUUAAAUGUACGUGUUCCUUCAGAACUCAAUGAAAAUACUCUUUGGCUAAUGUAUCAAUAAAUUUUCUGUAAAUGUUCUGUUCAGGGUUUUACAGAGAUGACAUGUUCUGACUUAAAACUGCAAAAAGUCUAGUAGAUAUUUUUCUUCAUGGUUUUCAAAGCCAGCUCUCCACGUUUGGAUUUUAACAAAAUAUAAGGCCUCUUUGCACUAGUGAAAAAACACGUCUACUCAUGACAAGUGCACACCCACUAUGGCUGUCCUUCUUCUGUAAACAUCCAUUCCUCUAGAAUCUAAAUUGUAGAGCAGUAUAGAUUAUGCAGCGCCAGCUGACUUUCUAAACCUUCUCCUUACCUUUAGGAAUACAAGCCUCAAUUUAAAAAAUAUAUUGUAGCUAGUAUUUCUCUAUUGUUUUAAGGUGAGAGAUUUGCAAUUAAAGCCCAGUAAGCAUUUAUAUAGAAGCCACAAUGUAGAAAGAUUGGUUAAGUACACUGCUCUUGUCUUCCAUAUAUGAUUACUUAAGUUUCAAGUGACCUCAUGCCAAAUGGAAAUGGGUUGAGAAAUCUUGGUUCAGUGCUUAGUGAACAAUAGCCUGCAUUAAAAAGUGCAUGCAUAAUUUUGCACAAUUUAGAUUCAAUUGACAGUCUAUUCAAAGAAGUCUCAGGAUUAAAUGAGCAUGGAGACCAAAUUGCCCUCUUACCCCAGAAAAGGGGUGGUCCCUUCUAGUCACACUAACACUUCAUUGGCCCAACAGUGUGACAAAUCUUGCAAUGAACCAUGCAGUAGCCUGCAUCUGUAGGUUAAUAGCAAUCUUUUGUCUCCAUUGCUUUCUCUUCAUAGCCCUUUUACUGAAUUCCAUCACAGAAAGUUUUACAAUUAAAAAAAAUGUCCUGACAACCAUUUUUGUAAAUGGACCUUACCAUCUAAUCGUCCCUUAUUCAACGUGGGUGACAUUAACAAAAUGUGAACUUCUUGUGAGGGAGCCAGCUGUCUAAAUCUGUCAAAUCGUGCAGUUUUAUUACACAUUCUCCAAUUCUUCCUAGUUUCCCUGAAAACAAUAAGGAUACUGCUAUAUAUUCAGUAAAAUCUAAAAAAAUCAAGCAUUACUUCUUACAUCUUUAAACUUUCCAUCUCCUCCCCAAAAUAAAAGGUGUUCUAUUGCCAUUAGUUCUACUGUUUUAAAUAUCUAUAUUAAGUUGACCAGGCCCAGAUUUUUUAUACAGCUUUUUCCCAAGUGAAAGAUUUUCAAGUGACUUAGAAAAACAUAUGUGCCCCAGGUGUCAUUGCCUUUUCUUUUGUGAGUCAUUAGAAUGAAAGGCCAAGUUCUUCUCAAGAGAAGAUAGCAAGAUCCACGGAUAUUAAGCCAAGCAAAGAAAGUAAAAUCAUUGGAGUCAUUUCUUUCUGUUCUUAGGAGAAAAGUAGCACUGGCUAAUUGAUGGCAACAUAUUUUAAAUUAAGUGGUCAAUUCAAAAAUUAUCUUUGACCUUUUCUUUCAAGUAGAUUUUUUUAAAUGCAUGACUGGAGAAUUAUCUUCAAUGAUUCAUGAUGAGAGGCAGGUAGGAAUUGGUUAAGAAGUAUGAGCAGGAAAAAAUUAUUGUUUAAUCACAUGAAAGGCAACAUCUGUUCAGUUCAUAAAGCACACAAUCUCGAAUGGAAGAAAAAAAAGGUCCUUCAUAAGAAUACUGAUGCAUAAGAUAAAGACG